GAUGAUAGUACAUAUUACAUACAGUUAGACAAGUAGAGAAAAUGUGUAUGAAUGAAAUGUAUAACAGUAACAACAGCGUCUAUAUAGCAAGAUCACUUUCAUUAUCAUCCAUCCUUCAGUCUUUGGAUAAAACAAACAAGUUUAGUUCUAGAAGUUUGACCAAUCUUUCGUGUGCACAACAGACAAGAUUGUCGAAUACCUGUCUAACAACAGAUGAUUAUGAUGCUAAUUCUAAUCAAGAGAACAAUAGCAUGAGCAACUGUAAACAAACAAAUGCACGGAAAAUGGAUUUAUUUAAUGAUAAGACCGAAGCUAAUAAUGGAUGUGAAUUAAGUACUAAUUCGAGUUCUUAUCCAACAACCUAUUAUCAUGUGGGCAGUGGAAAUGAUCGGAAUGUAUCCACAGUAGAUGAAGUUCCUUUUCAGCCAAAUUCCAUUCAUGAUACAUCAAGUUCUAUAACGUAUGAUGCAGACAGACAAUUUUAUUGCCGUGAGUGGCUAUGGGAGAAGUUAUUAAAGCAUCUGGUAGACGACUGUGAAUCUAACACUCGACAAAACUGUAAAGAAGUUUGCACAAAUAAAGAAACUCAUAAAGAACUGGUCGGCAGAUUAGUUAUUUGUGGUGAGUCGGGAUCUGGAAAAACCAGCAUUUGUAGAAAACUUGUUCAGACUAAAAGAAAUAUCUCUAAAAAAUUAAAAAUUAAAAGAAACUGUAUUCAGACUUCUACUAUAUGUGAAUAUGUGGCUACACGUUUGCUGGCUUAUCACUUUUGUGAUGCACGAAGUAAAAAAUCACUACAACCUGAACAUUUUGUAAGAUCUUUACACGAUCAACUGGUGUCGGACGAAAAUCCUUUUAGUAACUGCUUUAAGGAAGCGUUUGGUAAAGGCGAUAGUGACUAUAACCAAUCUAGCGAUGUUUAUUCAUCAAGUGAUGCCUUUUACUAUGACAUAAUAGAACCUUUGAGAAGGAUAAAUAUUUCACAUUUUUCCAGGCAUUUGGAAAGCAACCCAUUAUCGGGUAUGCCAAAUACCUACAAUUUGCGUUUUUUUAUUCUCAUCGAUGGAGUAGAUGAAAUAUACAAUAUUCUGGCCAAAUUUAGGUCAAUGGAUGAUAAAGCAUUAUUUGUCAAUAAUAACAGUGAGAGUGAGAAUAAUCGAGUACCUAAUGGAAGUAUAUUAGAAAUGCUGGCAAACCAUUCUCACCUUCUGCCGGAUUGGCUGCUGCUGAUAGUUACUUGCAGACGCAAAUAUCGAUCAAUCAUAAAACACAUGUUUCCUGGAAUCAAAACAAUAGCCAUAGACGAUUUACGUAAACCAAUGAUUGCCCAGGAUAUUCAGGAGUAUAUGACAUGUAGAUUUAAUGAAGAGUCUAUUCAAUGUUCAAACGAAGUCCGAUUAGAAAUGAUGCAUCUGCUUCGAAUUAAAAGUAGUGCAUGUAUGCUUUAUUUAGAAACUGUUCUAGACUUGAUAAGAGAUGGAAGGAUAAAUUUACAGGACGUAGCUUUUAUUCCAGGCACACUGAAUGGUUUAUUUCUAUGGUUGUGUCAACAUUUAUUUCCCCUAACGAGUGAAUUCGAUAGUGAAUCAACAUUUGUGUCAGUAAAACCAUUAUUAAAUAUUAUGUUGGCAUCUUGUGAGCCAUUGUCUGUACAGUCGCUUUAUUCAAUUCUACUUGUCUCGAAACCUGAUCUAGCCAAGUCUACUUUUUAUCAGCAACUUCAUCAGCUGAAGCCAAUAAUAUCUCUCAAUUAUGAAUCAUCGGAUUAUAUAAUUAAUAAAACGAAUACCGGUGGCUUUAUGGACUCAUUAAUUGUACAUUUCUUGCAUGAGGUAUUCGCCGAAUGGUUAAUUGACGUGAAGCGUUGCACCUCGGCUUAUCUGUGUAACAUAACAGAUGGUCAGUUCCUUAUCGAGAAGGCACUUGUUAAUAACAUAAAAUGUGAUUCAUCCUAUAUUUCACGUAAUAAGGACAAUGAUAGUUAUGACAGGAACUUGUUACUUUUGUCCUCAGAAGAAUAUCCUGGUCUAAUUGUUCGAAAAUCAAAUGACAGCGACGUCAAUCUUGAUUUGUGCAAAGCAAGUAUGCUAAUCAAAAAGAGCAAAUCAGCUGACCAGUCAGAUUCGCGUUAUAUGACAAAUACGUUGGAUUGCACAACACUUUCAUCUGACCCUAAUGUAAAUCCUGAUAGUAAUCAUGUAAUUUAUCCUCAAACCAGCCAACUAUCUGAUGUUGAUCAUAAUCGGAUAGCAUAUGAUUAUUCAACAUAUUCCAUGAAGGAGCGUGAUGAGGAAUACAGUACAGCUGAACAGUUAAGGCACAAAACAUCAAUUUGUCAUGAAUUAAUAACAGCUAUUAGACUGGGACAGUAUGAAAAUAUUAAAUUAUUACUUGAAUCAGAUGCGGAUCCUAAUACUAUUGAUCAGGAUGGUUGGUCAGCCCUAAGGACUGCAGCAUGGGGAGGGUAUUCAGAUAUAGUACAGUUAUUAAUCUACUAUGGUGCUGAUGUAAAUUUAUCUGGACCAGAUGGUAGAACUGCUCUGCGUGCUGCUGCAUGGGCUGGAAAUGUUGGCACUGUGAAAUGUUUACUUAACGCUGGUGCUGAUGUUAACAAAUCAGAUUCUGAGAAACGUACUGCAUUGAUUGCUGCAGCUUACAUGGGCCAUAAAGAUGUUCUGGAAGUUCUACUUGAAGCAGGGGCUGAUGUUAAUCAUUCUGAUUCAGAUGGUCGUACAGCUUUACAUGUUGCUGCAUUCUGUGUACAAAAGUCCGAUGCACAUUCUGAUAUUGUUGCAUCCCUUUUAAAUCAUGGUGCCAAUCCUAACUUAUCAGAUAGUGAAGGUAUUACACCUCUACUAGGUGCUUCCAAUACUGGUAAUUCUGUGGUUUGUGAAUUAUGCCUUGAAGCUGAUGCAGAUGUGAAUAUAACAGACAAAUCUGGACGUACUCCUGUUAUGCUAGCUGUUCUAGGCGGUUACACUGAUAUUGUACGCUUACUAUUAUUUUGGGGUGCUACAGUUGAUAUUAUGGAUUAUGCAGGACGUUCUUUGUUAAGCAUUGCUGCACAGAUUAAAAAUGCACAAAUUGUACAAGAAUUACUAGCACGUGGUUUGGAUGAAGCGCAUAAAGAUCAUUCAGGUUGUACACCUCUACAUUUAACUUUGGAAAAUUCAUGUGAUGGUGAAUUGUCUCUAGAGAAUGAAAACAAUCAAGAUGAAAGUUGUGAAGAAGUGAUUCGCUUAUUGUUAGAUGCUGGAGCUAGUUUAGAAGAAACUGAUAACGCAGGUCGUACAUCCUUACUUGUGGCGUGUCAAGCGAACAACAUGAACGCUGUACAUAUUCUUCUUAAUUAUUCAACUAAUGAUCCACUCAGCUGUCGAAGUCCGACUCACUCUGGAUCAUCUGAAUCUCGACAACAAUUAAAUCCCAAUUCUUCUCAUGGUCAUCUACCGCACUAUGUACAUCCAUGUAUAAAUAUAGCCUCAUAUGAUGGUCAAACGCCGUUGAGAGCAGCAGCAUUUAACGGAAAUCAAGAUAUGGUGAAGCUUUUAUUAUCCUACGGAGCCGAUCCAGACCAUCAGGAUGCUUAUGGUCGAACUACUCUUUAUAUGCUGGCAUUAGAAGGUCAACUUGAUAUGGCCGAUUUACUUCUUCACUGUCCAGCUCCUGGUGUAUCAGCUCGUCCUGGAUCUAGCAGGCUGAUUGGUGCCAAUCCAGUGUUAUCAGACGAUGAAGGACGGUUUCCUCUGCAUGUAGUCACAUGGCUUGGACAUGUUGAUUUUGUCCGUUUAUUGUUGCAGGCGGGUACACCAGUUGAUAUUCGUGACCGUGAGGGUAGAACACCUUUACAGUUGGCUGCUUGGCAAGGUCAUGCUGAAAUAUGCCAUAUAUUGUUGAAUGAAGGCAAUGCUCGAGUAGAUGCAGUUUGUAGUCAAGGUGCAACUGCAUUAUGCAUUGCUGCACAAGAAGGUCAUUUAGAUGUUUGUAAAGUACUACUUCAAGCUAAUGCAAAUCCCUUACAAACUGAUUCCCAUGGACGAACACCAUACCGUGUAGCCUUAAAAGCUGGACAUUUAGAAAUAUGUAAACUAUUAGAGUUAAGUCAACCAGAUUUUUCAAUGGUUAAUGGACAGUGGCAAAGUAUCAAUAAUGAUCCAUUUCAAAAUAAACAUGUAAAAGAUUUGAAGACUAGACGUGAUUCUGACAAAAUUCCUCAAUUCCCAGUAUCUUCACAACAGAAAUAUGCAGUGAAUAAUACACCUAUUCUGUCAGAUAGUCCCGUUAAGAUUAACAGCAAAGAAUUUCAAGCUGUGAGACCUGAAAAUUUGAACCAGAAUAUUUCACCCCGUCAACAUAAUCAACCGUCUAAAGUUUAUUAUGAUGAUGAUAAUCCAUAUGCAAGACCGCCUGAAUUAUUUACAACACGUUUUGUACCAACAAAGAAAAGUGUCGCUCAUAGUGGGCAACCAUCUCAAACAUCCGUUUCACAUGGUAGUCAUCAUGUCUCAGAAGAUAUGAAAGCUGGUCAUAAUCAGAAUUGCAUUCCAAAAUCUGGUUAUUAUAUUCCACUGGAACAAAAGAAUCAUACACAUGAAAAUUGGUGGAAUAAUCCAGUAUGUUAUCAAUCACAGCCUACUUCUACAGAAACAAAUCAUAUUCCGGUAUCUUGUAAUGUGAAUUCUGGUUAUCCAUUACACAUGAUAAUUCCCAGUGAAGGUGUACAUAUUCACAGUAAAUUUGAUCAAAACCACUUACCAGGCGCUAACUUCAUUCGGUAUAAUCAAGUGAUGCUACCAGCUACAGGCUACUGUGGAGAAGACCGUUAUCCUGUUUCAAAUCAAAUCCCUCAACAUACAUCAGUAAUUAUUCCAACAAAUAGAAAUCAUGAAGCUGCAUUAAUAAAGUCAGGGGCUUCUGGUGAACAGGUAUCUAAACACUUGAUAUGGGAGAAUACACAACAAAAUGAUAAUAAACCAAACUCCCUCGUUCAGAAUGCAACAAGUCCUAGUGUACAACCCACGCAAUUCAAACAAACACAGAAUUCUAAUAAAGAAGCUUCAUUGAAGCACAGGAAGCUACUUUCUAGCAGACUAGAGUGUUUCGGUGGUCCAAGUUCCUCUAAAUCUCGACAAAUCCCUCAACAUCAGAGUAUUCCAAAUGCUGGUGAUGGAUUCUAUCCUGAUGAUGUGAAAGGUAUGUUCUUUAAAUCAGCUGUUGCUGGUGUAUUCGGUCUUGGCAGUAAAAAGCAUAAAAAGUCACCAAAGGCAUCGUCUGGAAAGCACGGAUCUCCAGUCCUUGGCUCCAAUGUACCAUAAACUAAGAAUUCAUUAUUAUUAAUAAAUUAUCACCCAAUAAACAGCGAAUAUGCUUACAAGGCAUUUUGUCACAGAAUCGUCAUUUAAAAUA